AGAAACAUACUAUUGGUAUUUACGAUUUCGAGUAACGGGCUCGAAGUACAGACAACUUGUAAGAAGGAAACGUCAAAAUUAAUUUCGUAUUGGAACCGAUCAGCCGUUUGGCUGGAGGUAUUGUAAAUAACAAUAACAAAAUGCAGAUCUUAUUGUCCUCAGUGUGUGUAGCGCUAACUAGCGCAGUUAUUGGAAAUGCGUUUUAUCAGAAAAAGCAAUUUUAUCCAUCUGUUGUAUAUAUUACAAAAUCAAAUGCUUCUAUGGCAGUAAUAUACAUUCAAUUCUUCGUUAUCGUGUUUAUGUUCGGAAAACUCCUACGUAAGAUUUUCUUAGGUACCUUACGUGCAGCUGAAUUUGAGCACUUGCUAGAACGUUUUUGGUAUGCAUUAACAGAGACUUGUCUAGCGUUUACUGUGUUUCGUGAUGAUUUCAAUCCUCGAUUUGUUGCUUUGUUUACGGUUCUGUUGUUUUUAAAAUCAUUCCAUUGGUUGGCAGAGGAGAGGGUUGAUUUUAUGGAAAGAUCGCCAGUUUUGGGUUGGUUAUUUCAUUUACGUGUAGGCAGCCUAUUAACAAUAUUAGGGAUUGUGGAUUAUAUUUUGCUAGUGCAUGCAUACAAUUCAACAUUAGUACGUGGUCCGACGGUUCAAUUAGUGUUCGGUUUCGAAUAUGCUAUUCUUCUAACUCUAAUUGCAAGCACAUUAAUUAAAUAUAUUUUGCACGCUGUGGAAAUGAGAACAGAUACACCUUGGGAAAAUAAAGCAGUUUUUCUAUUGUAUACCGAACUAAUUAUCGGUCUAAUAAGAGUUAUUUUAUAUGUGCUCUUCGUAGUUAUUAUGGCAAAAAUUUAUGCGUUGCCAAUGUUUGUAUUUCGGCCAAUGUUUUUCACGAUUCGUAGUUUCAAAAAAGCUCUAGCUGAUGUUAUUUUGUCACGUCGCGCUAUACGCAACAUGAACACUUUGUAUCCAGAUGCAACACAAGAGGAACUACGUUUAUCAGACAAUAUCUGUAUCAUUUGUAGAGAGGAUAUGAUUAAUCACGCCAAAAAACUGCCGUGUGGACAUAUCUUUCAUACAACAUGUUUACGUUCUUGGUUCCAACGUCAGCAAACAUGUCCAACAUGUCGUUUUAAUAUUUUGCGUGCACCGGCUGUUAAUUCAACAGCUGUACCGCGACAGGAUCCACCAAUUGUAGUUGCUGCGGCACCCGUUCCAAUAGCAAAUACUGCAACAGUUAAUCCAGCAGCUGCCCAAACCCCAAAUCCAUCUCAAUCUCAUGUCCAUACAACAACAAUGCAUGCAGUAAAUUCAACGGAAUCAAUUGGACCCAAUAUUAUGCCAGUUUUCCCUUCAAUACCCAAUCUUCAGUCUAUGAAUAUUAUUCAAUCUCCUAUGCUGAUGCCGCCACCGUUUCCAUUUCUAACACCUUAUUCCAUACCGCCACCUCCAAUACCUAGUGAUCUCAUAAACUACACUGACGAGGAACUUAGAACAUUGGAAGGUUCUGAGCGCAGUAAAGUGGAAGAGCGCAUAAAAAUGUUGCGCAAUAUUCAAUUACUAAUAGAUGCAGCUGGGGUUUUGAUGAAUAAUUAUCAAAUUGCAGCAGCAACUUGUCGUCAAGGAGCACCUGAGCGAAAUUUUGAAAAUGUAACUGAUAUUACUUUAGCCAGUACACAAAUGAUAUCGCCUGUAGUAAACGAUGAAUUACCAAGCACAUCUGGAGCAACAACGGCUGCUGCUGCAAUAGCAGCCAGUUUUGCUAGUAGAGUUGAGCAUCUUAAUAGUACAGUAGGAAGCACAUUGGUCUCUACAUCAAUUGAAAAUAGUGGCAGUAAUGUAACGAUUGAAGAUCUUGAUGGAGAAGAAAAUGAUUUCAAUAUUAUAUCUUCUGAAAGUACACCAACCUCAACAAUACUUAACACGGAGAACCAUACAAUUGCAGAAUUAAAUGAACUACGGAAGAAACGCAUAUUAAAGUUUUUACAAGAAGGAAAUCAACCGAAUACGUCGACUGAAUAGGGUUUUUUACAUGCCUAUGCCGUGGUCUUUAGUUUAAAAUAUUUUAUUAAUUUUUAUAUAUGAUCUACAUAAAGAACUUGCAAUUUAUGAAGAAAUGUAACCAAGAAAAUAUUAGAUACUGCUAUGAGGUUAAUAUGUUCCAUAUUAAGCAUAUGUACUUUAUAUUUCGAUUAAUUCUAAUAAACAAGUGCGAAAAAAAAAAUUUGUUUUAGAAGUAUUUGUCAAUAGG